AUUCCACAAAACGAAGCUCAGAAUUUAUAUGAUUCCUCUGUUCCUAUCUGGAAUAUGACGGGGGAAUAUAUGAUUGGUGUGGAAGUUUUUCACCAACUUCAUUGCCUCGACAUAAUUCGCAAAGCCGCAUGGCCCGAACGCUACAAUCAUACCUUUUUCUUCCCCAAUGGAACUCGAGAUGAUUUUUUCACAAGACAUUUUGGACACUGCGUAGAAAAUCUUCGAGCAGCAAUUAUUUGCCACUCCGACGUCACUCCGGUGACAUUUCACUGGAAUCGAAGAAUGCAAUCGGUUGUGCAGAAAUUGGAAACGCCGCACAAAUGUAGAAAUUUUGAGAAAAUUCGUCGCUGGGCGGGCGAGAGAAGGGUG